AUGUUACAGAACAUCAUAUCAACGUUUUACAGAAUAACAAACCAGUGUUUUACCGUUUACAUCAAAUAUACUCUAGCAGAUUUUGGCCGAGUGCUGCUGACUAUUUCUAACUCUGUCCUACCCCUGGAUAAGCUGACUCCAACCCCCAGUUCACUCGACGGAAUGACAACAGAGACUGAGAUAGAUUUACGAAACCUCGGAUGUAAUCUUAUACAAACGGCUGGCAAACUACUCAGACUGCCUCAGGUUGCAAUGGCUACAUCCUGCGUUAUGUACCAGCGGUUCUUCUACAGUAAAAGUUAUGUACGGUACAAUUUUGAGCAUGUAGCUAUGGGCUGUGUUUGUCUAGCCUCAAAGAUUGAAGAGUCUCCUAGAAGACCGCGUGACGUCAUCAACGUGUUCACUCACAUCCGACAGGUUCGGCAGGGUAAACCCAUAAAACCUGUUAUCCUAGACCCGGAUUAUAUCAGACUCAAGAACGAUAUUAUCAAGGCGGAGAGACGCGUUCUAAAGGAGCUGGGGUUUUGUGUGCAUAUCAAGCACCCACACAAACUUAUUGUCAUGUACCUGCAACUCUUAAGUUAUGAGAAGGAUCACAAGUUUAUACAGAUGUCCUGGAACUUUAUGAAUGAUUCCCUCAGGACCGAUUGUUUCGUCAGAAAACCGUCUUGGUACGAGCUGCUGGGAGUCGAGGAAGACGAUAUUCGAGACUGCUGUUACAGGAUGAUCUGUCUCUAUCAGAGGAAGAAGGUGAACCAGGAGGAGCUGGAGAAGAUUGUAGAUAAGCUGAAGAUGGUCCAGGACGAGAAGAAGAAGGAGGCGAGAAAAGUAUUAACGGUUACAUCAACAGCUCUGAAUAGUCCAGCCAGCCAACCCUCCUCCCCACACAGACAGAGCAGGAAGGAUGACGAUAGAAGCAGAAGCAGAAGCAGAAGUAAAAGUUUAGAUCGGAAAAAGAAGAAGAAGAACAAAUAGGAGAGAUCCACCAGUUCAGAUAGAAGAGAUAGGCUCAAGCGUAAAGGAGGGAGAAGAGAUUGGUCGUCUUCCCCCAUUCACAAAUCCAGGAAGCACAGGUCCAGAUCUCGUGAGAGGUUCAGUGAUAGAUCAAGAGCGGAGAAGAGAAGUGA